AUGGCUGCGACAUUGCGAUCGGUGCCUGGACUGGACUACGACAGGGGUGAGGAAGCUGGUUAUGCUCCCAACCGUAACCUUACGGCGGCCAAUGGGCAAAUGUCUCAGUCGAGCAUCCUUGUCGACCAAGUGUGGCAACAAGAGCAGCCCUGCGAAUCCCCCCAGUACUUCCCAUUUCAGUAG